AUGUCAUUGGUGGGAAUGGAAGACCAGGUCCAUCAAGGAAGCUUUUAUCAUGAAGCAGAUGACUUUUUCACACUGCAAGGCCCAACUGGUGCGCUUUUGCCACUCCCAACCUCUGAUCAGCCACUGUUUGGGAUAUCUGAAAGCCUUGUCGAAGAGUUUACAAAUUUACCAUCUGCAUCAAAUUGGCUAGCAAUAUCCCAAUCUCACUCAUUUUGGGAAUGGAAGAUAUGGACCAUGAUCAAGGAAGAAAUUAUCAUCAGACAAGUUACCCAGCUGAGGAAGGAUCAACAAGUUCUGUUUUACCCAUCCCCACCUCUGAUGAGCAGCUACCUCUUGUAAUUUCUGGAAACCUUGAAGAAGAAUAUCCAACUUUACCAUCUGCAUCAAAUUGGCUAGACACAGAACAGCAAGGACACCCUCAUCAUGACAAAGACAAUUUCCCCAAUAGUGAUGA